AUGUUCUUUUACUCCCCAUCAAACCCAGACCUCCCAGAAGAGGCUGGGAGGACACUCUUUGCUAAGAAAAAGAGGAGGGCAGCCACUGCCCGCCGGCAGCACCUGAAGAGUGCUAUGCUCCAGCUUGCUGUCACUGAAAUAGAAAAGGAAGCAGCUGCUAAAGAAGUGGAGAAGCAAAACUACCUGGCAGAACAUUGCCCUCCUCUCUCACUCCCAGGAUCCAUGCAGGAACUUCAGGAGCUGUGCAAAAAGCUUCAUGCCAAGAUAGAGUCAGUGGAUGAGGAGAGGUAUGACACAGAGGUGAAGCUACAGAAGACUACAAAGGAGCUGGAAGACUUGAGCCAGAAACUCUUUGACCUGCGUGGCAAGUUCAAGCGGCCGCCGCUGCGCAGGGUGCGCAUGUCGGCUGACGCCAUGCUGCGCGCCCUGCUGGGCUCCAAGCACAAGGUCUGCAUGGACCUCCGAGCCAACCUGAAACAAGUGAAGAAGGAGGACACUGAGAAGGAGAAGGAUCUGCGUGAUGUCGGUGACUGGAGGAAGAACAUUGAGGAGAAGUCUGGCAUGGAGGGUAGAAAGAAGAUGUUUGAGGCUGGCGAGUCCUAAGCACCUGUGUCUCCACAGCUGUCCUCCUCUCCCUG